UUAAAUUGUUUCCCCGAUAAAAGAGUUCACUUUUGCUAACGUUGUCUCCCGGAAAUAUCGUAAAAUAGAUGUUUAUUAUUGAAAACAGCACAAUUAGCUCCACAAGAAAAUAAGAUUGAUGAUGAACGAAAGCAGUGAUGGUGGAACUGUCGGACAGGAAGAUGUUCAUCGACUGCUCGAACAUUUUUCUAAAACAACACACAAAGUUAGAGCAGGUGACAUGAAGGGGGACACUGUAAAUGAAACAUGCUUGAUGUUAUUUGCCAAGGAGUACAGGUAUUCUAUCAUCCCCAACUUCAGUGGCGAGCUGUGCGCACAUUACCCAGGGAAGAUCAUCUUGAUGGAGUACGAGAACCAGAAGGACUGUCCAGCCCGUCAAGAUGAUAAUGUUGAGAGCAUCUUCGACCUGUCAAAACUGAGGGAUCUGUCGAAACAGGCAAGAUUUGCUCGAUGUAGAUCCCGCUUUGUGGUACCUGUCAUUCUGUUUGAGGGAAAGCACAUCUGUAGAUCGGCUACUCUCUCAAGUGGAGCUGAGAUGUACGGCAGAUCAGGAUUCGAUUUCUUUUUCUCAGGAGGAGAGAGCUUCCCAGUGACUAAUGGGGAAGAACCUGAUGAUCAGGGAGGUGGUCAGUUGUUUGACCGGUUCCGUGGUCAGGACAAGAAGUUGUUGAAGUGCCUGGAUGUGGGCUACAUCUGUGAUCUCAUGGUGGAGAAGAAGAAAGUCAAGUUCGGCAUGAAUAUCACAUCGUCAGAGAAAGUAGACAAAGAAAACCGAUAUGCUGACUUCUGUAUCCUCUCAGUCCCCUACCCAGGUUGUGAGUUUUUCAAAGAGUGGAAGGAGAAGUCGAGUGCCGGGCAGACCAUCUGGUAUGACUGGAGCCAGGGUUUCAAUGAUGCAGCCCUGGACAUCCCAUCGACACCAUUACUGUCUCAACUACCGUUUGACUGGUCCAAGUACAGACAUUGGGAUUUGGUCCAGUUGACCCAAAACUACCUGAAGUUACUGCUUCAUAUAAUUGGAGAGGGAGAUUCUGGCCUGCUCGUCCACUGUAUCUCCGGCUGGGACAGAACACCUCUCUUUGUCUCACUACUCCGUCUUUCAUUGUGGGCCGAUGGCUCCAUCCACAAGACCCUUAGUCCCGUGGAGAUACUGUAUCUCACACUAGGCUAUGACUGGUAUCUGUUUGGUCACAAUUUAAGUGAUAGGCUGAGCAAGGGAGAAGAGAUUUUAUUUUUCUGCUUUAGCUUCCUUCAUUAUAUAACAUCAGAAGAGUUCUCAGUGAAAACAAAAUCUGGAAGUCAGCGGCGACACUCGGAGUGUGCGGUAGAUGCCAGACGAGCGUGUCGUGUGGACUCGGAAUCCAUCAUUCCCCCUGGCGGGGUGCUGCUAGGUCCGGACCCAUCCCGCCCGAGUCCCCGGGGAAGCAACACAAGCAUGAGCAGCGUGGGAAGCUCGGAAACAGGGCCGGUUUUCUUCACAGUUGGGAGUCAGGAUGAUGAGGCUGUGGUUUUGCAGGACCCCCACCUCUUCAGCUCGGCUUCCCUGAGCAAACACUCCCCGAGCUCCAAGAGCAGCCUGUCAUCAGACAGUUCCCACUCACGAUCAUCCCCCCUCCAGACAACGUCCAGUCCAAUGGCCGUCCCAUGCAGACGCAGACUUGCAGACGGAGCCAGGUCGAACUCGCCUGGUCUAGGAAGCUGGCAGAUCAUCAGCAGUACAGGGAGUCUGAGAGGCUGCCACGAUUCCCCCCAAAUCAGCAGCAUCAGCGGCGGCGGCGGUUGCAAGUCCAGCAGCAGCAGCAGCCACCUCAGCUUCAGCUCGUGUCACGAGGCUACAGAAGGUGCGGAGCAGACUUUACGGUGGCAGCGUCUCGACGCAGUGUGGCGCAUGUUCCACAACGCUUACAGCAACUCGGUGGUUAUCCGGCCAGGGGCAGAGGCUGGCAGUGGUGCAAUAUCCACUCUCUUGGAGAAAGUAGGAAUCAAAUCAGGGAAAUCUAACUCUGUUGUUUAAUGCUGUCGCUUGCAGUUUUGUCAGUUGUCAUAGUAACGAUUCUCACAUGUAUACACUAUCAGGGGUCACUGUCGACACCUCGGAUAUCAAGCCUACCAAUGAACACUCACAGACUGCAGCAAAAAACUGUCACAAGACUUCAGUGCACAAGGAAUCACCAACAUACAACAAUAGGAACAUAACCAAUUACUUAAAAACAGCAUUAUAAAUCUGAGAACACAUUGCUGGAAACAUGGGAAGAGCAGUGCACAAACAUGCUGACCAUAACCUUGACCAAAUAAGUGAUUAUGAUCAGGCUCUCCUCUGCCAACCCUCAGUGUGAAACACGUGCUGGAAGAAAUCUUUGGUGCGACUGGACACUCACAUACAUUUAGUGUUCUAUGUUAGUGCUCUAACUGACCUCACUGUGGAUCCUAGAGACAUGACAGUCCAUUCCUGCUUGUGCUGCUCCUGCCGAGUUCGGAACAUUGGUCCGUGUGUCUGUGAGGGGUUUCCAUGUUUUCAGGGGUAGUGUCAGAUUUAUAGUGAUGUUUCACAAUCGUAGACUUGGAUGUGAACAUGGUCAUAAAGAUUGUAUUAUAACCACAACAUUUUAGAAUCAGUGCUAUUGUACUCAAACUAUUAGAGUAAGGUAUAGUUGGGCGGUGUAGUGCUUCAUGUAUUGACUAGUCAGGCCACAGUUUGGGUUUGAUUCUCGGUGUGGGUAAAAUGUAUGAAUGUUUCUGGUGUUCCCCACAGUGCGAAUGUUGCUAAACUCAACAUAAAUCUUACACACUCACUGAUAAGGGUGAGUGUGGUAUGCUGAGUACAUGGGUAGGAGAAGAUAAAAAUCUUAUUGUAAACCCAUCCAGCCCACUGGUUGUAUGAUUCCAAGGGAGCUGAGAUUCAGUCUGAAACCAGAUCUGUUGACAGAUCCCUUAACUCUGUCACAAAGGUCAUCAUGAUGGGACUAUUGUAUUUCCUGCAAUAAGCGUCCUAAAGCUUAGUAAAUUGACAAAUUGAAGAAAAUACUCACAUAGAAAAUGUCAGAGAUUAAGCCAUCAAGGAUAGUAUAAGAAAUCCGAACUUUUCCCACACUCCUGUCUGUCAUGCUAAAGUUCAAGCAAAUACUGAUGUAAAUGUGUGGUACUCAUUCUUACAAAGGUUCCUCAUAUGUUGUUCUAGAAGUUGGUCAAGGGGGCUUGAUAUAGAUAAUAGGAUACUAAACUCGCUUCCGUGUAAUACCAUUUUUAUUAAACGAGUUAAUGAUUUGGUAUCCAACGAGCGAGCGGGUUGGAUACUAAAUCU